UCUCUUCUUCAAAGGGUCCGCGGCAUUGCUGUUCAGAGAUUGGUGAAGAUGGAGGGGCUCCGCAUUGCCUGUCUGCUUCUUCUUGCCUUUGUGCCGCAAGUAGUGCUUGGGACACAUGAUGUGUAUAUUGUUACCAUGGAGGGCGACCCGGUUGUGAGCUACAGAGGUGGAGUCGAAGGGUUUCCGGCGACCGCAGCGGAUUUGGAUGAAGAGAUGGAUAUUACCAGUGAGGCCGUCACAUCAUACUCGCUUCACCUUCGAACGCACCAUGAGAAGCUUCUAGACUCGCUUUUUGUGGAAGGAACUUACGAGAAGCUUUAUAGUUACCAUCAUCUUAUUAAUGGUUUUGCAGUUCACAUGUCAUCUUUACAGGCUGAGUUCUUAAGGAAAGCCCCAGGUGUUAAGUACGUGGAGAGAGAUACAAAGAUACAUAAACUGACAACGCACACUCCACAGUUUCUUGGAUUGACAACAGCGGUAUGGCCUACUGGAGGUGGAUUCGAUAGAGCAGGUGAAGAUGUGGUGAUUGGUUUUGUGGAUUCAGGAAUCUAUCCUGAACAUCCAAGCUUCUCUACCCACAAAACUGAUCCUUAUGGACCUGUUCUUCGUUACAAGGGGAAAUGUGAGAUAGAUCCAACAACACAUAGAAGCUUCUGCAAUGGAAAGAUAGUUGGGGCCCAACAUUUUGCAAAAGCUGCGAUUGCUGCUGGAGCAUUUGAUCCUGAUAUUGAGUUUGCAUCUCCGUUAGACGGUGAUGGCCAUGGAAGUCAUAUAGCUGCAAUUGCUGCUGGCAACAAUGGGAUUCCGGUGCGAAUGCAUGGCUAUGAAUUUGGCAAAGCAAGUGGCAUGGCUCCACGAGCUAGAAUAGCUGUGUACAAGGUUCUUUACAGGCUUUUUGGUGGUUAUGUAUCAGAUGUCGUGGCAGCGAUUGACCAGGCUGUUCAAGAUGGUGUUGACAUUCUCAACCUUUCUGUUGGACCAAAUAGCCCAUCAACAGCUACACGCACUACAUUUUUGAAUCCUUUCGAUGCUGCGCUUCUUUCUGCCGUGAAAGCUGGUGUGUUUGUUGCCCAAGCUGCUGGAAAUGGAGGACCAUUUCCAAAAACACUGGUGUCAUUCAGCCCAUGGAUAACCACUGUUGCUGCUGGAGUUGAUGACCGCAGAUACAAGAAUCAUUUGAUACUAGGAAAUGGAAAGCGUCUUGGUGGACUUGGAGUAUCACCCGCAACGCAUGGAAAUAAAUCAUUCGGCCUUAUUUCUGCUACUGAUGCUCUGCUGGGUUCAUCUGCAACAAAGUACAGUGCUCUAGAUUGUCAAAGACCAGAACUCCUAAAUAAGAGAAAGGUUCAGGGCAAAAUUCUUUUGUGUGGCUAUUCUUAUAAUUAUAUUGCUGGGACAGCUUCAAUCAAGAAAGUGUCUCAAACGGCCAGGAGUCUUGGUGCAGCUGGCUUUGUUGUUGCUGUCGAGAGUAGUUACCCAGGAACAAAGUUUGAUCCUGUGCCUGUGAAUAUUCCCGGGAUUCUCAUCACAGAUGUCAGCAAAACAAAGGAUCUUAUAGACUACUACAACUCGUCCACAACAAGAGAUUGGGCUGGAAGGGCUACAGCGUUCCAAGCAACAGUUGGUAUUGCAGAUGGUUUGGCGCCAACACUGUUCAAUUCAGCUCCUCAGGUUGCUUUGUUCUCUUCAAGAGGGCCUGAUGUAAAAGAUUUUAGCUUUCAAGACGCUGAUGUUCUUAAGCCUGACAUACUCGCUCCUGGAAAUCUUAUAUGGGCUGCAUGGGCGCCUAAUGGAACAGAUGAAGCAAACUACGCUGGAGAAGGGUUUGCAAUGAUGUCUGGAACUAGCAUGGCUGCACCACAUAUUUCUGGCAUUGCAGCACUAAUAAAACAGAAGUACCCGAAGUGGAGUCCCUCAGCAAUAAAGUCUGCCUUGAUGACUACCGCCAAUACGAUCGACAAGGGCAGCCAUCCUCUUAGGGCGCAGCAAUACUCCACAUCAGAAAUGUUGACACUUACACGGGCCACACCAUUUGAUUAUGGUAGUGGUGCGGUUAACCCAAAAGCCGCCCUGGAUCCUGGCCUUGUUCUAGAUGCAACUCAUCAAGAUUACAUCACAUUUUUGUGCUCAAUCCCUGACGUUGAUCAGAGUGAAGUAUCAAACAUAACCGGAUCGCGCUGCAGCUCCAGCCCAAAGGGGCAGCGACCCUACGACCUCAACAUCCCCUCGAUCACGGUCUCCCAGCUCAAAGGAACGCAGACCGUGAAGCGGACGGUCACGAAUGUGGCCGACGAGGCAGAAACCUACACCAUCAUGACUAGAAUGUCCUCGGAGAUUGCCCUGGAGGUUUCGCCUCCCGCGUUGACGGUGCUCCCGGGGUCGUCGAGAGAGAUCACGGCGACCCUCACGACGAGGUCGGUGACCGGCACCUACAGUUUUGGCGAGAUCACCAUGAAGGGUGACCGGGGCCACCUAGUCAGGAUCCCAGUGGUAGCUAUGGGGUUCAAAUAGAGUUAUGUACGGGUCUCUGAAGCCCUGAGCUGAGGAGUGUUGUAAUAUUUUGUAGCUUUGUAGGAAAAAUAAUAAGAGCUACUGUAAUGAUGUAUUUCUGUCUGUUAUGGUAGUGCUCAGGUUGUGAAAAUACUAGUGAUCUCCAGUCCACUCUCGAAGGCGAAGCAGAGUUCGGCUUCUAAAUUUCAAAUACGGGAUGGUUUCCGACUUUACAUCGAAUAAAAGGGAAGUAUCUUGGUUA